UGUCUGCAUGCUGCUUGCAUGUGGUACCGGCAGGAGCUCAGGAGAUGAGCAGAACGGGCAGAGAAAUGCCACAUUCCCGGGAGGAAGUAUGUUAGCCUUGCGGACAGCUCUGCCUGCUUGUCUCCUGGGGGAGAAAAAGUAGGUUUGGGGAAAGUGGCAGGGUCAGUGCCUGAGAGACCCUUUACCUAGAAAGGAGGAGGUGGAGGAAGAAGAGGAGGAGGAAGAGGAGGAAGAGGAGGACAAGGACCGCCUAGAGCUCGUGGUCAGCCUCAGCUCUGGGCUGGUGCAUAAGGACACACCUUGCCCGAGACAGGCCCGUGGCCAGCCUGGGAGCCAGCGGGAUUUGCGGAUGCGUGCCGGGGCUUGAGUGCAUGGGAAUCGGAGAGCAUGGCAGUCCAGCUGGUGCCCGACUCAGCACUCAGCCUGCUGAUGAUGACGGAGGGCCGUCGAUGUCAAGUCCAUCUCCUUGAUGACCGGAAGUUGGAGCUUCUUGUACAGCCCAAGCUUUUGGCCAAGGAGUUGCUUGACCUCGUGGCAUCUCACUUCAACCUGAAGGAAAAGGAAUACUUUGGGAUCGCCUUCACAGAUGAGACUGGGCACCUCAACUGGCUGCAGCUGGAUCGGCGGGUGCUGGAGCACGACUUCCCCAAGAAGGCAGGGCCUGUGGUCCUAUUCUUUUGUGUCAGGUUCUACAUCGAAAGCAUUUCUUACCUGAAGGACAACGCCACCAUCGAACUCUUCUUCCUCAACGCCAAGUCCUGCAUCUACAAGGAGCACAUCGACGUGGACAGUGAAGUGGUGUUUGAACUGGCCGCCUACAUUCUCCAGGAGGCAAAAGGGGAUUUUUCCAGCCAUGAAGGGGUGAGAAGUGACCUGAAGAAGCUGCCCGCACUUCCCACCCAGGUCCUGAAGGAGCACCCUUCCCUUGCCUAUUGCGAGGACCGGGUCAUCGAGCACUAUAAGAAGCUGAUCGGCCAGACCAGGGGUCAAGCGAUUGUCAACUACAUGAGCAUUGUGGAGUCCCUCCCGACCUAUGGGGUCCACUACUAUGCUGUGAAGGACAAGCAGGGCAUCCCAUGGUGGCUGGGCCUCAGCUACAAAGGAAUCUUCCAGUAUGACUAUCACGAUAAGGUGAAGCCACGAAAGAUAUUCCAAUGGAGACAGCUGGAGAAUCUCUAUUUCCGAGAGAAGAAGUUUUCCGUGGAGGUCCAUGACCCACGCCGGGCCUCGGUGACCAGGAGGACCUUUGGCCACAGCGGCAUUGCAGUGCACACUUGGUACGCGUGCCCGGCACUCAUCAAGUCCAUCUGGGCCAUGGCCAUCAGCCAGCACCAGUUCUACCUGGACAGGAAGCAGAGCAAGUCCAAGAUCCACGCAGCGCGGAGCCUGAGCGAGAUUGCCAUUGACCUCACCGAGACAGGCACCUUGAAGACGUCCAAGCUGGCCAACAUGGGCAGCAAAGGCAAGAUUAUCAGUGGCAGCAGUGGGAGCCUUCUGUCCUCGGGCUCUCAGGAAUCCGACAGCUCCCAGUCGGCCAAGAAGGACCUUCUGGCGGCCCUGAGGUCCCGGCAGGAAGCGCUGGAGGAGACGUUGCGGCAGCGGCUGGAUGAGCUCAAGAAGCUUUGCCUGAGGGAGGCGGAGCUGACGGGCCAGCUGCCCAUCGAGUACCCACUGGAUCCAGGGGAAGAGCCUCCCGUGGUCCGCAGGAGGAUCGGGACGUCAUUCAAACUAGAUGAGCACAAGGUCCUGCCCAAGGGCGAGGAAGCCGAGCUGGAGCGGCUGGAGCGGGAGUUUGCCAUACAGUCCCAGAUCACCGAGGCCGCCCGCCGCCUGGCCAGCGACCCCAAUGUGAGCAAGAAGCUGAAGAAACAGCGGAAAACGUCCUACUUGAAUGCGUUGCAGAAGUUGCAGGACAUCGAGAAUGCCAUCAACGAGAAUCGUAUUAGGGCUGGCAAGAAGCCCACACAGAGGGCCUCACUCAUCAUCGAAGAUGGGAACCUCGCCAGUGAAGACAGCUCUCUGUCCGACGCCCUUGCUCUGGACGAUGAAGACCCACAUGUCACCAGCACACUGUCCCCCUUACAGUCUCCGCACAAAGGCCUCCCGCCCCGGCCACCGUCGCACAACAGGCCGCCUCCCCCCCAGUCGCUGGAGGGCCUCAGGCAGAUGCACUGUCACCGAGGCGACUACGACAAGUCCCCCAUAAAGCCGAAAAUGUGGAGCGAGUCUUCACUCGACGAGCCUUACGAGAAGGUCAAGAAACGCUCCUCCUACGGCCACUCCAGCGGCCACAAGCGCUUCCCCAGCACCGGGAGCUGUGGGGAGGCGGGAGUGGGGAGCGGCUGCCUGCAGUCCAGCCCCGUCCGCGGCCUCCCCCCAUGGAACUCGCAGUCCAGCGUGCCGUCCACCCCAGACCUGCGGGUCCGGAGCCCCCACUACGUCCGCUCCACCAGGUCGGUGGACAUCAGCCCCACGCGGCUGCACAGCCUCGCACUGCACUUUAGGCACCGCAGUUCCAGCUUGGAGUCGCAGGGCAAGCUCCUGGGCUCGGAGCACGACACGGGCAGCCCCGAUUUCUACACCCCGCGGACUCGUAGCAGCAACGGCUCGGACCCCAUGGACGACUGCUCGUCCUGCACCAGCCACUCGAGCUCCGAGCACUACUACCCGGCGCCCGGGAUCACCGCCAACAACUACUCCACGCUAGCCGAGGACUCGCCCUCCAAGGCGCGCGCGCGCCAGCGCCAGCGCGCCCUGGGCGCACUGGGCACGGCGAACUCGGGGAGCAUGCCCGACCUGGCGUGCCCAGCGAGGGGGUCCGGGGGAGCCCCGGGGGUGUACCUGCAUAGCCAGAGCCAGCCCAGCUCGCAGUACCGCAUCAAGGAGUACCCGCUGUACGUGGACGGCGGUGCCACCCCGGUCGUGGUGCGCAGCUUGGAGAGCGACCAGGAGGGCCACUACAGCGUCAAGGCGCAGUUCAAGACCUCCAGCUCCUACACGGCGGGCGGGCUGUUCCGAGAGGGCUGGCGGGCCAGCGACGAGGGGGACACGGGCCGCCUGACCCCGUCGCGCUCGCAGAUCCUGCGCACCCCCUCUUUGGGCCGAGACGGGGCCGACAAGGGCCCCGGCCGCGCCGCCGUGUCUGAUGAACUGCGCCAGUGGUACCAGCGCUCGGCCUCGGCCGCUGCCCACGCGCACCGCGACCACGGUCGCCUGUCGCACACCAGCUCCGCGUCCUCCUCCGACAGCUCGUCCUCCCAGAGCACCACCUUCGUGGCGCACAGCAGGGCUGCGCGGCUGCCCCAGGUGUGCAAGGCCACGUCAGCUGCCUUACCUCAGAGCCAGAGAAGCUCCACACCUUCCAGCGACCUCGGAGUAACCCCCCCAAGCAGCCCCCACCACACCUUGACCUGGCAGACGGGGAGCUACAGUGACAGCUACUUCCCGGAUUCCUCCCUUCACCCAGAACUUGCCGACGUCCAGUGGUACGGGCAGGAGAACGCCAAGCCCGGGACGCUGGUGUGAGCCUGCCGACUGCACUGCCUCACCUGCCUUACCCAGACCACCGGCUCCCGUGGCGGCUUCAGCCUGCAGCACUGCCCUCUCCUGACUCCGCGCCUGCCACCCUCAGACAGCUGACUGAGGAGCAUGCUGGAAGGUUCCGUCUCACUGUGUGUCCCAGGCUCUCUGGCCCACGGAGAGCCGGGAGCUGAUCCAACGUGGUGCGGGAAGGAAGCCAGCACCGACUCCCUUUGCCCCUGGAAAGGCAGCCCCUGCAGCCCAGCAGGGCACCAGGAAAGGGGCUCCUUCUUGGAGUAGUGGCUGUGGGAGAAAAAGGGUGCUGGGAGCGGAAGGGAAGCUUGACGAGGCCCGACACAUCGAGGAUCACAAUCAGUUCUAAGCUGCCAAAGAUUUCAAACCUAAAAACACAAAAACCAACCCAGGAGGGACCAAGAGGAGCAGCUACGAGCCUGCCCUGAAGCUUCUUCCAACAGCUGCUCCGUCAGGGCUUGCUCUGACAUCUAGAAGCAUCUCCCCACUGCCCUGUAGUCCUGCUCUCUCCCUGCCACUGUCCCACUCAUCCAGAACGCCAGAGAGGCGGCCAGGAGAGGGUGUGUGGGUCCUUGAUGGGGCUGGGCCACAGAUGAAUCACGGCAAAGCUGAGGAGGCGCCUAUCUGCAAGGCUCAACCUCAACCGACCAGUAAAAAAAAAAGUGUCCCCUGGUCCCCCAUUUUUUGGCACAAGCUGUUUUGUUUCCUUCCUGAUGGGAAACCAAGGGAAAAGCACACCACAACCCGUCUGAGUGUAACUAUUGUGGCUCCUUUUGUGUCUGUCUGCACUCAGAUCCGCCCAUUGUCACCCAGAGCACCUGGAUGUGCCCAAUCGUAGGAAACGUGGAUGCCGGCGAGGGUGCCCCGCAACUUACCCAGAGCGGGGUGGUACAGUGGACGGGCGCCAGCUGCGCGUUUACAAUUGUGUUUCGAGCUGUGCUCGACACACCGGAAAGCCAUCAGCCUCCUGAGGCCGAGACCCCUUUUCUAAUACUGCCAAUUGCACAACAGCCGGGUCCUUCCCAGCAACCCUGUGAAGCCUUUUCCCCCCUCUAAGUUGGCUCCUGUGCUGGUGUGUGCAGGUGGGGUGGGGACACCCAUCUUUCCUCUCUCGUAACAACUUCCUAGCACUGCGACAGCCAGGGACAACACCUGGGUGAUGGGCCGCUUUCCAGGGAUGUAGAACUUGACAUUUGCGUCUGUGUUAUGUGCAAAAAAAAAAGUCUUUUUAUUUUGGUUUUGUUUUUCCUGUCUGAGAUCCAAGAGGAUGGAGCAAGGCUGUGCUGCAGUUCGGAAGGCGCUGAAGGGUCGGGCCAGGGCGCAACACGGUGGGGCAGCCACCCUAAUGGGCCAGCAUGGUGUUUGACGCUGGACACGGGCUGGAUAGUGGGGGGGAUGAGGUGUUUUGCCCUUUUGAUGGUCAGAACUACAGGGUGUAUUUCCCCCCAUUUUGGAGACAGGACACGGUGGGCCUGUGUUUCCCCACUUUGUCCAUGAGAAUCGAUUCCUUCGAAGAGGCAGGGAAAGGCAGAAGGGAAGGAGGCGUCAGAGUAACCGGAAACACAGGUGGAGCCGUUACUGGGCAGCAGUUGGCCAGGAGUUGGUCUGGAUCAGGCUUUGAGCUGAGGAACCAGUGAGGCCAGGGGGGUUGGGACUCAGGGGGUGGGGAGGGAGUGGCCCAGUCUGGCACCCCCGGAGUCCCGAGCAGUGACGGAGGUGAAGUCAAACAGGUUUUACUGUUUAGCUGCGGAAGUUCCGUUCACACAGAAUGUAUAUAGUGUGUUAGUCUUUGGGGCGGCGAGCUGGCACGGACGGGUGGCACCCUGGGCCCUAGCAAGCCCCAGCCCUCCUAGCAGAGACAGCCUGUUUCCUCAAAGGGCUGGUAUGUGCAUUCACUGCCUUCGAGGGCGAGUGCCCGUGGACACCCCUGUCUGUCUUCAUUACAUGUUAGUUUAGUUCUAAGUGUAGCUAACACCAUCCAGGUGCUGUCUGCGGACCCACUAACUGCUUAGUUCGCCAGGUGGCGAGUCUGGCCCGGACCAGGCGCUCACGUCAAUCGGUGACAGCGAGUGGUGUGGUACGGACGUUGAGUCGGAUAACAGGUGACUAGACGCGGUCACCCUCGUGAACCCGACUGCAGAGCAUGGAAAAAUAAAAGGAUUUUAUGGGAUUCUGUUCAAUGGUGAUCAAUGAAAAAUAAAAAGAUGGAUGUUGUAGACAAAGUUGCAGACUUACAAAAAAUAAAGAAUCUGCUUCUAAUUUAUUCUUUUGUAUUAAGAAUUUGUAUAGUACCUUUACAUUUUGCAAAACAGUGUUGUCAACACUUAUUAAAGCAUUUUCAAAAUGAAAA